GAAAAUCAGCUAUCAAUCGAGAUACAGUAAGAAUUUGAGAUAUUGUUUCUUUAUAAAAAAUAUAAAAAUAAAGAGCACCUCUGUACUUCUCGAUAUAUUUUAUCCACAGCGUACUCCAAACAGGCCAAGCGUGUCCCGCCUGGAUCCGAAUCCGAAUCAUCGCUUAUCUACAUUCCAUUGUUAGUGAACAACCCGAUACGCCCCUCAUAUGCAUCCCUCUCAGACUAUGGAGCUAUGAGAACCAUCGAGGAUACGAGGACACGAUGGGAUUCCCUGUUCCGCAACGGCGAGAGCACUGCUGACCUCCGACGGGCACUGAAAUCGGACCAAGAAGGCAGUCCGUGUAUUGAUGGAUUGAGAUCGAUUUGCUGGAAGGCGUUCCUGCUUUUCGGCGACCUUGACCGCACACAAUGGCUUCAAACGAUGGCCGACUCGCGCAGUGCGUACUCGGCGCUCCGGGAACACCUCCUCAAAUACAUCGACCAUCCGGAUGAUCUGCAGUCGACGAUAGAUCCAUUGGCGGAUGAUGAGGAGUCUCCUUGGCAGACCUUACGACGUGACGAGAACAUGCGAGCCGAGAUCUCCCAGGAUAUCGAGCGGUGUCUGCAGGAGAACUCCUUCUUUCGCGAACCGACCACAAAGGCGAAGAUGCUGAAUGUUCUCUUCAUCUACGCCAAACUGAAUCCGGAUCUGGGCUAUCGGCAGGGGAUGCAUGAGAUUCUUGCGCCGAUUCUAUGGGUUGUCGAUAGGGAUACGGUGGACAAAUCCUCUCUUGGAGACGGCUUGGGUGAGCAAAAUGGCGAUGUGCUGCAGUUGCUGGACCCGGACUACAUCGAGCAUGAUUCAUUUACAUUGUUCUGCACCGUCAUGCAGACACUCCGUGUGUAUUACGAGCACAAGGAGCAGCGGUCCAUCAGCGGUCAGGUCGGCGUCUCGCCUAUUGUAAGCCGUUGCCAGAAUCUUCAAACGAGCAUGCUGGCGGCUACCGACCCGGACCUAUCUAAUCAUCUGCAAGCGGUGGACAUCCUUCCUCAGAUAUUUCUAACCCGCUGGAUUCGCCUGCUGUUCGGUCGGGAAUUCCCCUUCGACGACGUCCUCGUGGUCUGGGACCAUCUCUUCGCUGAGGGCCUGCGGACCGACCUCGUCGAGUUCUUCUGCGUAGCCAUGCUCCUGCGAAUCCGCUGGCAAUUGCUGGAGGCGGACUACUCGACUGCCCUAUCGACUUUGCUGCGGUACCCGUCCCCCGAUCCAGAGCACCCGCAGACGUUUGUCUAUGACGGUCUGUACCUGGAACAAAACCCCACGGUGGAAAGAGGCAGAUUCAUCAUCUCUAAAUACACUGGCAAGCCACCUGAUUCUCCCAACAGCACCAAGUCCAGUCAAGGGAACACCACUAGACAGAAGCCCUCGAGAAGAGUCUCUCAGAUCCGCAGCAGUGAUCUCCGGGACUCAAGCGAGAACCGUUCACCCUCUUCUCGGUCCUCGGCGCGAAGCAGCCCUAAGAGUCUAGAAACUCUGUUUCAGGAUGUCUCGGAAGGAAUUCAACGGCGGACUGAGACUUGGGGGGUAGCCAAGGUCGUUCGGGGCGCCGUGAGCGAGGCCAGGCGGAACAUCCAGACGAUCCAGUCGGAAGCUAGACUGCCGCGAGGUAUCAUCGCUGUUGACCCCUUGGUAGGUUCGACAUCCGUCCCGACACACAACUCGCCGGUGGUCCGCCGCGAUCUGGCCCAGAUCGCAGAGCUCCAGUUGAAACUGGACCGCCAAGAACAGAGGAGCAAGCAGUUGGCCGAGACCCUGGGCCAUGCGUUGGAUCAGUUGCGAUCGCAAUCGGACAAGAUCGAAGAGCUUGACCCGGCCAUCCACAGCGCUGUCACGGCUGCCUUGCGCACACUGAAAUCGGUCAAAACCUGUCUUGAAACCGGCCGCGAUGCCCCGGCGAACACCGAGGACGCGCCGCCGAUAACGGUUGAAUCACCCCGGAGCGAGGUGGAACAGCCGGACCAGACUGCCAAUCGAUCAUCACCAUCACCAUCAUCGCCGCCGCCGCCGCCGCCACCGUCAUCGUCGUCGUCAACUGACUUGGAGGGAAACAUUGCUCGCCCUAGACCUUCUCAAUUGCCACCACCACCACCUUUACUGGGCGCUGGUCUCGUGAACCCGACACCCUCACGGCCUGGGUUGCGGCCCUCACUGGCCGACUCCGACUUCUCCUGGAUGGUAGAUAGCCGACGCAACAUCUCCAGUUUUGUUAGCCCGGCGUCCGUCCUCCCCGAACAGACGCGACACGGUGACUCCCACAAAGCCAAGCAGAACCCUCUCUUUGGCGCCGGGGGGACACAGGAGGACCUGGAUCAGGGCAGCGUGGAUGACCUCCGGUUGUACAGCCUACAGAAAUGAUAGACUGUUUACUUUUAGUCAACUAGUAGUGAAUAUUAUAGAAUACAAUUCUAUUCUCUUU